CAAAUCUAUUACAUUUAUUGAGGAAUGUUGACUGGAGAUUUUAACGAGACAUGGCUGACUUCACCCCGAACUCUGGUGAACAGCACCUACCAGUCGCUCUGUAACAAACCUGACAGUAACUGGGAGAAAGAGUUAGACAGCAAGUUCUCAACUCUGAUAUCUACCAGCCGAGAUAAUAUCCCCUGGUUAUCCAGUGAUUCUCUCUCUGGUAGUCUUGUUAAACACUAUGUCAUGGUACAGGAUAUCAUGGAUCAGGAGUUUUAUACCAAACAGUUCGUUGCAAGAAAUAAGGAUAACAAGGAGUUCAGGGGAACUGGAAAAUACUCUGAUAUUCUCGACAUACAACAGGGAUAUAAUGUUGACUGGGAAGAUGACAAAUCACUAAAAAGGGACACCAGACUGGUAUACUACUGUGUACCAGUGCCUGGCAGGAACUCUUGGACGCGUCCGUGUUCACGCCAUGACGUCACAGCGCCAUCACUUGACGUCUCAGCUCGAUCACGUGACGUCCCAGCAUUGUCACGUGACCUCACGACGCAGAACAAUGUGGUACAGAUGAGUACGGGUAAAAAGCGUGGAGCUGAGGAGGCUGAUGGGAUGGAUACAACUGAGGAUGAGGAAGCUAAGAAGGUUAAGAGCGAUGGAGAUGAUGGUAAAGCAGUUGAAGAAAAAGAUUCCUCGCCUUUUCAAGGCUUGAACAUGGUUCUACCAACAGACUCUGGCGUAUGCUGCAUUCCUCUGAUAUACACGCAGGAUACCUCGCCUUUCAAGAUUAACGACAUUCUUGAGAUAACUGGAAUCCUGGAGCGAAUAGAAAUAGACACAACAUCAUGUGAUAUGGACGAGGAGGAGCGUGCUCGGUUUCCCCCCAGCUCCAUAGUGCCUCGUGUACACUGUGUGGAUGUGAGGCUCCGACAACACAUCAACCCUCUACUGUCACGUGACCCUCUGGAGUUUGGGGAGCAGGAGGUGGUGGGAGUGUUGGGUAAUGUUCUCUCAGUCAGAUCAGAACUAGUAACGAUGCUAAAGAAGUGCGUGUCAGGAGAUCCCCUAGCAGCGGAGUACCUCCUUCUACAUCUUCUAUCUCACGUGUACGGCAGAAGGGAUGAAGUUGUUACUCUCGGAAAGUUUGCUGUUAAUUUGACAAAAUGCCCGCCGAAAGAGACGAAGUUUGUGGAAUGUUUGUCCACGCUGUUCAGCAACAUAUCUGAAAAGAGUUUCGUCCUACCUCUCACGAUAACGAACUUUAACAUUUCUACCAUGUUACCAAAGAAGGAUUACAAUGCUAACAGGUUGAGAUCAGGUCUACUGCAGCUGCCCAAAGGAAUGCAGAUAAUUUUAGACGAGACAGUUCUGGAACCCGGCCAACUUAAACCAAAUGGAAUUGAGAACCUCAAAUGUUUGGGAAAUCUUAUAACUUGGCAGAAACUAGCCUACGACUUUGGGUUCAGUUACAAUAUCGAGUUCGAGUGUGAUGCUAAAGUUCUCAUUCUAGGCGAGGGUAAGUCGCUGUUGCCAAGUGAUGUGGUAGUUCCUCUGAAGUCAAUGCAGGAUAACACCAACUAUGAGGAGAUAAUAUCUGAGAUACAUUCUGAUCAGGAAAUGAUGGACCGGUUUAGGAAGUACCUGACUGUUCUACGUCACAUUGAGUAUGACCAAGUAAGUGAGGAACUACAGCAAAGGAUAGAGCAGGACUUUGUUGCAGAGAGGAAAUCUAACCCGAAGGAAGUUACUGGAGAUACUUUACACCGGUCACUGGUAAUAGCACGACUGUACGGUUUGAGUAGAGGUCACUUGAAGUUAGAAGAGGAGGACUGGAACAGUGCCAAGUCUUUAGAGAGAGAUAGACUCAGUAGAAUCGCUGCUUAGAUUCUUCUUUUUUUAUUCGGAGAUAACCCGGAACAGAGGGGUUUUUAUCUUUUGUUCAGGAUUUUUACCUUUUUAUCAUUUUUAACUUUGGAUAAGCUGUUGCUUUUCUGUUAUUCAUUUUAACUUAUAUGCAUUUUAUUUAAAUUAUUUAGAAUCGGAAAUGAAAUAUAUUUAUGAAUUCAAUGCUUCUCACAAUAAUUUGUAUACUUAUUGAGUUUCCAGUGUUCGGUGGGGGGUGGGGGGUAUCCAAUGGUAAAAAAUAACCGAUUUACCAUAAAAAUCAUUCACCAUUUCACACCAUUUUAGUUUUUUUCUUCAAAAUAUCAAAUUGAAAUAUUAAAUGUGUUUUCUGGUACUAUACGACAAUACCAAGAGCUCAGUUCUGAUGAACCUUACUCGCCAUGUUGAACCCCAUAAGUAACCAGUUUUGAUGUACUUUUCUCACCGUGAUCACAACAUUUGUGAUUUUCAUUGGAUAAGGCACGUUAUCAAUGCCAAAUUCAAUCACGAUCGAAUUUAAAAUAAUUGUAAUUUAUAUAUCUCUUAUAUUUCAAUACCUCAGAAUGUCUAAAGACUGUAUAAAACAAGAGAUCAAAUCAGAGCAAGUGGAGAACCCAGAAAAGUCAAACGGUUUCCUCUGCCCAAUGUGUGGAGCACAUUACUUUUCAGAAGACUACUUUGUUGAGCACAUCAAAGAACAUAAAACAAUAUCAAAUUGUUCAAUAAGACAAGAACUUACAUCUGAAUCAGAUAAACCAUCUGUUUUUAUCUGUCCAGUUUGUGCUCAACAUGUUUACUCAGACACUCAGUUAAUAGAACAUGUAAAACAGCAUCAUAAUCAUAGCAGCCCAGAAGUACCUGACAACUUUGAUACUUCAGAUAACUUGACUGGAACAAAUCCUCAGAGGACAUUAGUUCUGUCUCCUAGUGGGAGUCCGCCUGUGAAACCAUUUAGGUGUUCAAAGUGUACAUUCAGUGCAGCAUAUUCGAGAACACUUAUAAAACAUCAAAAGAUUCACUCUGGAGAGAAACCUUUAAAAUGUUCAGAGUGUUCAUAUGCUACAAAACAAGCAGGUCAUCUUACUAGACAUAUGAGAACUCACUCAGGUGAGAAACCCUUCAAGUGUUCUGAGUGUUCAUUUGCUGCGAGACAAGCAGGUCAUCUUACUGAACAUAUGACAAUUCACUCAGGUGAUAAACCCUUCAAGUGUUCUGAGUGUUCAUAUGCUGCAAGACAAGCUAGUAUUCUUACUAGUCAUAUGAGAACUCACUCAGGUGAGAAACCCUUCAAAUGUUCUGAGUGUUCAUUUGCUGCAAAACAAGCAGUUUAUCUUACUGUACAUAUGAGAACUCACUCAGGUGAGAAACCCUUCAAGUGUUCUGAGUGUUCAUUUGCUGCAAGACAAGCAGGUCAUCUUACUGAACAUAUGAGAAUUCACUCAGGUGAUAAACCCUUCAAGUGUUCUGAGUGUUCAUAUGCUGCAAGACAAGCAAGUAAUCUUACUGUACAUAUGAGAACUCACUCAGGUGAGAAACCCUUCAAGUGUUCUGAGUGUUCAUAUGCUACAAAACGAGCAGGUGAUCUUACUGUACAUAUGAGAACUCACUCAGGUGAGAAACCCUUCAAGUGUUCUGAGUGUUCAUUCGCUGCAAGACGAGCAGGUGAUCUUACUGUACAUAUGAGAACUCACUCAGGUGAGAAACCCUUCAAGUGUUCUGAGUGUUCAUUUGCUGCAAGACAAGCAAGUAAUCUUACUGUACAUAUGAGAAUUCACUCAGGUGAGAAACCCUUCAAAUGUUCAGAGUGUUCAUAUGCUACAAGACGAACAGGUAAUCUUACUAGUCAUAUAAUGAGAAUUCAUACUACUUCGUCAGAAAUACAGAACUUAUCACCGGACACUGUGGGUUAAACAAACACCUUCGUACCAUCUGCAAAUCUAACACCAGUGCAUGUCCGAUAUGUGACCACGAAGAAAAGACCGUUUCGUAUUUUCUAAGACUGCGCCUUUGUACCCAUCUAUUGCUCAACUUAGAGGGCAAUAUUUUCAGGAUUAUUACCUCCCUGUCAACGAUAUCUUCGACAACCAUCAAAUAACUACUCUUGUCAACUUUGCAACCUACACCAAGCGUCAUUAGUAACAUGCUUCGAUUCCACUUUUAUUAUCUGGAGACUGGAAAAGUUUGAAUAAGGAUCAAUGGGUAAAUUAUGAAAUUGGAAUAUUCAAACCGGAAAUAAUGUGCAUUUUUUAAGAUAAUUCAUUAUGAUUCAAAUUAGUGAAAAACGAUGAAGAUAUAAUACAAAUAUAUAUGUUGCAUGCCAUUACCUUCUCAAGCACUAUCGCUAUCAUUAAUAAUUUUUCUUUUAUUGAA